AUGAAAGAUAGAACUGAUCUACCAACUAGUAGAUUAGGGUCCCUUUAUAGAGAUUUUAGAGACCUUAAGGAUCUUAACCCCGACGGAUACCAGGCGAACAUUAAUACGUGGGAAGAUUACUUCCUUACAAAUCUAUUGAAUGAUACUAAUACACUGUCAGUUAAUUGUGGUAAGAAUCUUUUACAUAAACUUAAUAAUGGGAUAUAUGGGGAACCGAAGAGUAUAGAUGUUGUGAUCGAUGAGUUUGUUUCUAAAAAAAUUUUGAUACCAUCAGAAACAUAUUUUGAUGUAAGUAAAGUUGAUAUAGGCAACGAUUCUAACAAUACAAGUAUAUUAUCUCGAUUAUUUGGAUUACUGAGACUGGAGAAUGAAAAGAAAUAUACAUCAAGGCUUAGGAAACUUGGAGAUACUUAUUUAAAGACUGAUAUAUUAAUCGUCAAUAAGAAUGUUAAGAAGUCAGGAGAGGAGAUAGCAGAUAAAAUAAAUAAAAACAUUAUUAAUAAAUCCUCUGAAAUAACAGAUUUAGUAAUGAGCACAGAUGAAUUUUUAAAAACUGCCAAAAUUAGUGAGAUAUGGAAGGACAAGACAGAUCAGAAUAUAAUGCUUUUUUAUCUGGAACAUCAUCUUCAUCUUAUCAUUACUGACCAAAAUAUUGUUAAAGUAAUUGCGGAUUUAAACAAGAAAGAACUGGAGGUGUCCAACCAAAAAAUUACAGAUGUUGAUAUAGGGAUAGUAGAUAUAAAACUUACACUUGAUAAUUUGAACAAACAAAUAGCAAAGUUGGAAAAUGAGAUUAGAGGAAUCGAAACAAAAUUAUACUCCGAUACAUACAAAUCAUUAUCUAGAACAACACAGAAAGGAAUACUAAAGAAUAAAAUAGUUUCACAGAGAUAUCUGGAGAAAUUAUCAGGUAAUAAAAAUAAUUUAACUCAAAUCAUGAGACAAUUAAACAUGUCGUUGAUCAACAAAACAAUGUUCGAUACAUUGAAACAAUCCCAUGCAGCAAUUUUAUCAAUAAAUAAUUAUAUUGGGAGCAUUGAUAAAGUUUCAACAUUAUUAGAAAAUAUAGAGGUUGAAAAUGAGAAGACUAAUGAAUUAAAUGAUAUAUUAUCGAGAGCAAAUGAUCUUGACAAUUCUGUGUCUGAGGAUGAAGUUAACAAUGAAUUAGCUGAAUUAGAAAAACAAAUGGAAAGAGAAAAACAAGGAGAACAAACCACCGAGGUUAGUAAAGAUUCUUCUGUUGGCGAAUCUGAAGUACUAGAACUACUUAAAAACGUUACUAUCGAGGAUAGAAGUAUUGAAAAAACAGAACAAAAUGAAUCUAAUACUAAUGUAACCAGAGAAAAGAAUCUUGAACUGGCAAAUUAA